CUGUCUCGUCCUUGUCUUUCCUCUAGCCACUCUUCGCCACUCUCUUUCUCUCUCCCUUGUUUUCCAACAGUAACAAUGGCGUCAGCUUCCAAGCAAAACCCUUCUUCUUCCAAACCUCCUAGGCAUCCAUCUCCGAUCAUUGCUUCAACCCCCUCGAAAUCCGGUGUAUUGGAGGAAUCCCAAUUUCGAAACCCUAAUAACCCGUCGACGUCAUCGAAUUCACCGAUUUCGAUGGCGGUGGAGGAUCAGAUCCUGGGAAAUUCCAAUCACCUCACUCGCCCGGAGCUUCUCCGACGCAGAUCGCACAACCUGAAGCAGCUCUCUAGAUGCUACAGAGACCAUUACUGGGCUCUAAUGGAGGAUCUCAAGGCACAACAUAGAUAUUAUAGCUGGAACUAUGGUGUUAGUCCUUUCAAAGAUGAGAAUUAUCACCAAAACAAGAGACGUAAGGUUGAAGGACAAACUGGGGAUGAAAUUGAAGGUAGCGGAGAUAAUGAUAAUAACAACAACGAUGGCGUUAAGGCUGGUAAUUGUGUUGCUUGUGGUAGUGGAUGCAAAUCUAAGGCCAUGGCACUCACCAAUUACUGUCAGCUUCAUAUCCUCAUGGAUAAAAAGCAGAAGCUUUAUACGUCUUGUACUUACGUCAAUAAAAGAGCUCAGUCGAAAGCAAUAACUUGUCCAAAACCAACUCUUGCAUCGACUGUUCCUGCCCUCUGUAAUGUGCACUUCCAGAAAGCCCAAAAGGAUGUUGCUCGAGCUUUGAAGGAUGCUGGUCAUAAUGUUUCUUCAGCAAGCAGGCCUCCCCCGAAACUCCAUGACAUAGUAGCUGCAUUUGUGCAUCAUAUUCAAGCAAAAAGAAAAGAUCCACGAAAAGAGGGCAAAUUGAAAAGCUUAGUAAAAGAAGAACUUACAAGCUAAAUCAAACAGAGUGAGCAGAAGCUGUUUGUUUCCACAAUUGUGCAAAAAUGGAAGGUAAGAUGACUGGCUUUCUAUCAUCACUAGUGAGAAAGACAGGUACAGGAUCGUGUUUGACUGGUGAUAGAUAGGGUAGUCAUCUACACAGAAUGUAGUAGAUCGUGUUCACACAGAAUGUGUUGGUAGGAAUUUUUUUUUGUUGUUGUUAAGCUUAGCAAAGCAAAGAUGCUUUUAGCAUGACUAGCUUCUAGGAUGUGUCUCAUGGUUUUCGUUUUAUUUUUCGUGAUUGGAGCUAACAGUUAUUUAUUUCCAUUAAGCUGAGUAGACAUGGAUUUCAACAAACAACAUACUGUGUGAUCGUUCGUAAUUAUCUAUUGUUGUCUUGUUGAAUGUGGAUUAGCUAGACUUGAACCCAAUACCUUUGUUUAAGCAUUGAAGCAAGCCACGUUUAUAAUAUAUAGGUUUGUAAUCUCUAUUCAAGCAGUUAAUCUACCUGCAUACCAUUUGACCGACCCUGCUUCUGCAAUGAAUUGACAGAUUUAGCUGUGAGUGCCUUUACAAGGUUACAACUUACAAGGAGCUUCAAUCAAGCGAGGAGCAACAUUGACACAAUGGUUUAAUUAAGCUGUUUAGCUUGAAAUGAGGAUAUAUUUGGAAUGUAUUCUCUAGGUUCUUUAGUAGAUUUCCGAAGUCCUAACAGUUUACUUCUAAUUCCUGUGGCAAACUUGAUUCAGGCAAACUUAAUUCAGGCAAACUUAAUUCCUGUGGCAAACUUCUAAUUCCUAACAGUUUAUUUGGAAUGUAUUCUCUAGGUUCUUUAGUAGGUUCUUUAGCAAUUUCACACUUAAUGUUUUAGCAACUGGUAGCUUUCAUGGUUGUGUGAAAAACCGAUGUUUUUUUGUGGUUCCUGCUGAGACCUUUGUCUACUCCUUAAUCUAAA